UUCUGGAACUACGCUUCCCGGCAUGCCUCUGGCGGGCAGGCGCCGGUGUGGGCGGGGCCGCGGGGGGUCUUAUUAGUACAAGCGGAAACAAAAGACCCUUCGACUGGGAGCGGAGAGGCGCCUCGGCCCCGGCCUCCGCAGCACGGCCCCCGACGCCGCCGCCUCAACCUCCUGGGCUCCCCCUUCACGGCUUCCCCUCAGCGGGCCGCAUCCCCGGGCUCCCCCAUGGCGCUCAAGCGGAUACAGAAGGAGCUAAGUGACCUGCAACGUGACCCACCUGCACACUGUUCAGCAGGACCGGUUGGAGAUGACUUGUUCCAUUGGCAAGCAACCAUUAUGGGACCUCCUGAUAGUGCAUAUCAAGGGGGAGUAUUUUUUCUCACAGUACAUUUUCCAACAGACUACCCAUUCAAACCGCCAAAGAUUGCAUUCACGACAAAAAUAUACCAUCCAAACAUAAAUAGCAAUGGGAGUAUUUGUCUUGAUAUCCUGAGGUCACAGUGGUCACCUGCUCUGACUGUAUCUAAAGUUCUUUUGUCCAUAUGCUCUUUACUUUGCGAUCCUAAUCCAGAUGAUCCUUUAGUACCAGAUAUUGCACAAAUCUACAAGUCAGACAAGGAAAAAUACAACAGACACGCAAGAGAAUGGACACAGAAAUAUGCAAUGUAAACUUUCAAGACUUUUUCAUAUAUACCAGAGUACUGUAAAUUCUAGGGUUUUUUCAAAAUUAGAAGUAAAUGGAGCACAGUUUACUGUUUUCAGUGUACCAUGAAGCCCUUUUUGAUUUUCACCCAUAUAAAUGUGUUUCUGGAACAAGGAAAUAACUACGGAAAUUAACCUGAAGACUGUGAUGAGAGUAUUUAUCCUUUUUGUAUGCUUUGCAAAAGACAUUUAUUAUGUUUUUAAAAGAUAUGUGGACAUCUGCAUCUUCAGCCUACAAGAUCCAUAAUGCAAUUGUAGAGCAACCAAAAUAUUUUUUUGCUGAAAAACUAGGUGUUACAUGAGAAAUAUUCUGUGUGUCUUUGAGAUGUCAGUCCUGUACGUCUUGUGUUUGAAUUUCAUUCUUUGUUAGUUCAUUGUAUAAUUUGUAUUUUUUUACUGUAUAGACUAUAUUUUAUUUACCAUGCAAGUCAACUCACUUUAGAUUCUCUGCACAGUAUUGAAAAAGAAAUACAACUGCUAUUAAAUAAGUGAAGCAUUCCUUCUCAGGAAUACUUAUAAAAAAACUUCUUAAACUUUGCACUCUAACUCUCAGUAUGCUGAUUAUGAGGAAACACACGGUUUUGAUUCUGUUGCAUACUUUUAUUGCAAUGUGAAUUAAUUGCACUGCUCUGUAGAAAGAAAUGUAACUAAUUUUGUUCUAUUCACAGCUGACUUUUUUAUCCCAUAUGGGCAGUAUAAUCUCUGACCUUUUAACAAAAUUGACUUGAAGCUUUUCCAUAUAAAUAAAAUGUGUUUUUUACUACUUGUCUUGGCUGUUCUUUAAGUCUUGCACAUUCUUUGUAUGUGCUUGCCCUGAAAAGAUCAAAAUAUUGUUAAAUAUGUGAAUUACUAGUGGGAAGAACUGGCCUAUGUAUUUAAGAUUGCUAUAAACUCUUCGAGUAUAUUAUGGUAACUGCUGAACAACUGUAUAUGUCUAUUCAUUGUGAGGUAUAUGAGCUAGGUGAUUGGAUGUUGUAACCAGUAUAGAGGAACAUAUCUAUGAGCUUGUGAAAUAAUCCUCAAAUCUUACUGAAGUUGAUAAUUACUAAUGCUGAAAUGCUACUGAUGUUUUCUCAUCAGUGUAACAAUAUUUUGAUCUGUUUCUUCCACCUACUAAGCUAAUUCUUCUGGACAAUUAUAUUUAUACUUCACCAUGCAUGUAUAAAGAAAAACAGCCUGAGGUGCUUUACAAAUAAGAGCAGUUUAAUUUUUUUACUUUGCUUUGGGGUACUAAAUCCUUGUUAAAUACAUUUAAUUUGUGGCUGCAGUGAUUAUUGUAAAAAUGCUUGUCUAGGCAGUUUUGCUGUCAUAGACCAUCAUUUGACUCCUUCUGGAGAAUGGAAUAUAAUCCUAAUACUUUGCUACAAAAUAAACCAUAAAAUAAUACAAAAUAAUGUGGCAAGCAUCCCAGAGGCUAUUUUUCUAUUUCUGGGCUUUAAAAGCUGUUUUAAUGUUUUAAUCUUAAAAUCCUUGGAAAGUUAUAAUGGCCUAGGAAAUAAGUGUGUGUUGGGCACUUAUGCGUAAAAGUCAUCUAGGCUUCUGUACCUCAAUGCAUACAAUCAAAGAUGGAAGCUUUAGGAAACAAGCACUGAAAUUUUCAUUGUGUACUUCUCUAAGUAUCAUAGCUUGCUGUGAAAUAGACCAAUUUCUGCAAAUAGCCAAUACGUGUUUCCGAGCAGUAAAUUAUUAUUUUUGUUAUACUUGAAAAAGGGAACGCUGUACCUUAAAGAGAAAGCUAUUUGCCACAUUUUUUCAAGAAACUUUAAAUGGUGGUAAAGGAUUCUGAUUGAAUGGUUUCCCAGACAUGUUUACCCACCCGUCUUAGGUGUUUAUAAUAGGUUUCUCCCAGAAUUUAAAAUAUAUAUAUAUAUAUUCCCUUAAACCCUUACAGUGGGUUCUGUGAAAUCUGAUAGCUUGAUUUGCAUGCCUGUUAAGUGAAAGAGCAUAUAAUCUUCUGCUUUGCUAAUAUUAUAUGGAGGCUGGUUUGAAACUGUUUGGAUGUUACUAUUGCUUUAAGGUGUGCAUCAUACAAAAAGGAAUUUACUUACCAUAAUGCAAAGUCUUCAGGCUGAGCAAACAGUGCAGGUCCACAAGCCUCUUCCUUUCCUUUCCUAUAGGGCUCUUUGAAGACAAGCGUGUUGAAGCCAUGCUUGCCUCUCUAUUCCGUGAUAUAUCUAAAACAGCAAUUUGAGACUGGCUUUACCUGCUGAGCUUUCAAACGGAUCUUAUUAAUAAAACAGCACUGUUAAACAGACAAAAAGCUUCGCCGCCUGGACUUAUUUUAAACCACAGCUUCAAGUAACUAACCUUGUUAAGAUUUCCCUCUUAAAUACUUUGCCUAUUCUAGUAAGUGUUAUUUUGCUCUCUUAAGUGCUCCAAUGUGAAAAGGUUCUCUUUCCCCCUGUCAUAAUCAAAACAUUUGCUCAGUCCUGGUGCUUCCAUUGUGGUGGCAUAAAUGUUGUCUGUGCUUCAGUCCCCUCCACCAGAUACCAGUUUAUACUGUACAAUGCCUUAGCGAGGGCACGAACUGAGCCAUCCCAUUCUCUGUAUAUUCCUCACUUGGCACUACUACUAUUGGCAUGACUAAAUCAAAGGAUCUGUAUCACUGAAAUUCUCAGAAGUGUAAUCUUUAGUCAUUCUAGUUAAUGUUAAAUACGACAUACUUUCUAGCUACUUCUGAUGUGAUUUUUUCUCUGCCUAAACAUGUCAGCUGAGGCUUGAAUGAAAAUAAAGAUCUGAUUUGAAACCUG